AAAAAGAAAAAGAGCGACGCCUGAGAGCGACGCUUGCAGCUGAUGUACCGCUGUCUGAAAAAUGGAGAGCGACACCACUUUCCGGAGAAUAAAACCCUUCGGGACGCAGAGCUACGCCGCGCAAGAUAACGACGGUUCCCGGGACCGUUGCGGGAAUAACGGCUACAGCGGUGACCCAAAGAGGAAGCCCGAAGUGAACAUCUACUUGCUGCGGGAAGGACUGGCAGCUUCCCUGGUCUCUGUGUUUAUUUUGGUGCUGUGGGGACUCGUUCAUUUGUCGUUACAGCAGCUCGUCAUCGGAAAGCCGACCGGCGAGUUCAACGCACUGAGAGCCAGACAACACUUGGAGCAGAUCACCAGUGUCGGCCCUCGGCCUGUGGGCAGUCCGGAGAAUGAAGUCCUGACGGUGAACUAUCUGCUGGAGCAGAUCAAUAACAUCCGCGUGGAGACGGCGGCGGGCCCCCAUCAGCUCACGGUGGAGGUGCAGCGCCCCACGGGCUCUUUCUCCAUCGACUUUCUCGGAGGCUUCACCAGUUUCUAUGACCGGGUCUCAAACAUCGCUGUCAGGCUGGAGCCGAAGGGCGGGGCGCAGCAUCUCAUGCUAGCCAACUGCCACUUUGACACGGUGGCCAACAGUCCAGGUGCCAGUGAUGAUGCAGUGAGCUGUGCAGUGAUGCUGGAAGUCCUCCAUUCUCUGGCAAACCAGUCUACUCCUCUUCGUCAUGGAGUUAUCUUCCUCUUCAAUGGGGCAGAGGAAAACAUCCUGCAGGCCAGUCACGGUUUCAUUACCCAACAUCCCUGGGCCAAGCAGGUGCGAGCUUUUAUUAACUUGGAGGCUGCAGGUGUUGGGGGCAAGGAGGUUGUUUUCCAGACAGGUCCAGAGAACCCGUGGCUGGUUCAGGCCUACGUACAAGCAGCCAAACACCCCUUCGCCUCUGUGGUUGGUCAGGAGGUCUUCCAGAGUGGCAUCAUCCCCUCUGACACUGACUUCCGCAUCUACAGAGACUUUGGUAACAUCCCAGGGAUUGAUCUGGCUUUCAUUGAAAACGGUUUCAUCUACCAUACCAAGUACGACACUGCUGACAGGAUCCUGACAGACUCAAUACAAAGAGCUGGCGACAACAUCCUGGCCGUCCUGAGAUACCUGGUAAUGUCAGAGAAGUUGGCCGAUUCCUCAGAGUAUCGCCACGGCAACAUGGUGUUUUUCGACCUGUUAGGGGUAAUCGUUGUGGCUUACCCGGCCCGUGUUGGCACCAUCCUGAACUACAUGGUGGCCAUGGCCACCUUCCUCUAUCUGGCCAGGAAAGCCUCCCUUCCAGGCAAUGGGGGUGGUCGCUAUGUCCGAGACCUGGCCUGUGCCACAGGUGUAACUGUCCUGAGCUGGUUUGUCACCCUGCUCUCCGUGCUGAUUGUUGCUCUACUCAUCACACUGUUGGGCCGCUCCAUGUUUUGGUACACCCACUUCUAUGCUUCCAUCUGCUUGUACGGGGCUGCUGCCACAGGCAAGAUGGUCCUUGUUCAUACGCUGGCAAAGAACUUGUACUUUGGAGGAGUCCGUUUGGUGGAGCUUGGCGAUCUUUUCUUUGAUGUGAGCAUACUGCUGUGGUGCUGCAGCCUGGUGUGGCUGACCCAGCAAGGCCUGUGUUCAGCCUACGUGCCAAUGCUAAUGGUGGCCUUUCCACUGGCCACCAGACUGCUGCUGGCCAAAGAGUUCAAACACAGAGGAGCAUCAGUGAAGUACAGUGUGCUCUAUCUGUUUGGUCUGACUCUGCCGUAUGUCCACUUCAUGUUCCUCAUCUGGGUGGUGUUUGAGAUUUUCACACCCAUCAUGGGUCGCAGCGGCACAGAGAUACCGCCUGAGGUGGUGCUGGCCACUUUGGUCACCCUAGCAACCAUUUUCCUCUCCUCCUUUUUUCUGCAUUUUAUCUACUUGGCACGGAGCACUAAGUGGAUCCUGACUGGUCUGGCCUCAAUAUUCAGCAUCAUGUUUCUGUUGGUGUCCAGUGGCCUCCUUUUCCCUUACUCAGGCAGUCCAGAGAGCCCCCGGCCCAAACGAGUCUUCUUGCAGCAUACAACACGGACCUUUCACAAUCUUCAGGGCCAGGUGGAGAGCCGGGACUCAGGUCUGUGGAUCAACAGUUUUGACUACACAGGCAUGCAGCACAUCACACCUCACAUCCCCGAGAUCAACGACAGCAUUCGCACCCACUGCCAAGAGGACCGACCCUUCUGUGGUUACCCCUGGUUUCUGCCUGUCAAGUUCCUCAGCAAGAAGAACUGGUACCUUCCUGCUCCCGAAGUGUCUCCCAGCUCUCCUAUUGAGUUCAGCCUGAUGUCCAGAGAGGAGACCAGCUGGGGGACGAUCAAGAUGACCUUCAGCGCGAGAGGCCCCAGCCACAUGUCUCUGUACCUGAUGCCUCACCGAGGAGCCAGCCUCUCCACCUGGUCCUUAGGGGACGGGACGCCUCAGUUCGACCUGAGCGGAGAGUAUUUUGUUUUCUAUUCUCACGGCCUCGAUGCCCCUACAUGGAGCUUCUGGUUUGAAAUACAGCCUCCCAGGGACCCCGACCCGACAGGUCCUGAGGGGAUGAUCUCUGUUGCCAUUUCCUCCCACUAUUUCUUUGGACAAGACCAGAGGACUGCUCAACUUGAGGAAAUCCUCCGCAGGUUUCCCACGUGGACUUUCCCUUCGUCUUGGGUCAGUACCUAUGACAUGUACAGAUACUGAGGACGUCACCGAGGAGGACGACGACGACGAGGACACAAUGAAGAGGGGCUGCAGGGGACCCCGAGGAAGACAAAGUUACAAGGAGGACAAACCCUGCUGCCUUUUCACUCUGACACAAACACACUCUCUCACACACUCACGCUCCCUCCCAGCCUGCCUGAGAGACCCCCAUCACUGUGUCAGUAGGCUUAGUGGCUAACAAAGCGGGAAGGGCAUGCCAGAGGUAAGCUGAUCACACAGAGUACAGACUGAAAAAGUCUCCACCCGAUGCUCCGGGUGCCACAAGCCUCGUGCUCAAUCCUGAGUUAGUGAAAUGAAGGAGUUAAGGUUUUUUUUUUUUUUUUUAAACAAAAUCUGCUGUGCCUUUGCUUUUCUCACUCCAUCUCACUCUCGCCCCUUUCCUCUCUUCCUCCUGUUCUCUCUCUCUUCCCGAGGUCACAUGGUUACCUCUCAUGCUAACUGUGUUUGAGCAGCCGUUCUCAAGAGUCCCUGUGUCAUUAUCUGUAACAUGCGUGUGUAUCUGGUGGAAGGGAGAAAAAUUCCUGCUUUUCUUUUCUGCCUUUUCAGGCUUUAACUGGAAAAUUUGCCACUCUUAAAGUCGCUUUUCAUACACACACACACACUUGUUUAUGUCAUGAGCAAACAGUUUUUGUAAUUACUAAUCAAUUAACUGUGAAAUAGAGUUAUCAUUCCUUUCUGACACUACUGAUUUGCAGCGAGUCAUAACCCUGUGUUUCAGUGAGGAAUGCCAACAAUCUGCUUUUAAUGUCAGGGAAUCUGGCAAACAGAUGCAGAAGUCUUCGCCUGUUAAAUGGAAACAGACACAUUUCAUUUGUCACCGUGUCCUUUAAAUUACAGUAAUGUUCCUGAUGGGGGUUUAUGAGGUUUAAGAUGUUCAAGGAAACGUAUAGUUUUGAUUUUUUGGGCUUGAGGAGGAUGAGACGCAAAAAUCACAGGAGUGUACGGCUCUGUUUGCUGUAGAGAACUCCAAGGGUGGGAAAGCAAAAAUGCAGCUCCACAUUCAUUGCCAGCAUCAUUAUCAGUCACCAUGUUCUGUCUCAUGUGGGAGGAUUCACAACAACGUUCACUCCCACUGUUACAGUACUUGUUCUUAAUGCUAAAGGUUAUCUCCAGCAGCAUCAAGGACUGUGUUUAGUUAUGAAGGGAAGAAGAUCUUUAAGGAGUAAUUGAUCAUUAAAUAAGUCAAUUGAAAUAAAAAACAGAUUGUCCUUUAAACACAGAGGUGUCACUUUUUAAGCAGUGUGCCGGUUCCAGCUGCUCAAAUCUGAUGGUUUACAUCUUUUAUGUUGGAGUGACAGCAGAGGUUUGGACUGUUGGUCUGAAGGGACAAACUUUAUGUCUCGAAAAAAGCUCCAAUCCCCCAACUAAUUCAAUCCCACUAAAGCCAACUCCAUAUUGUAAUAGCUACAAUGAUGAUGAUGAGAUAUUUGUUUUAGUUGUUGUCCAUGAAAGGAGGGAAAUGAAAGUUGCAGAGAACCCUGGGAAGUUAUUUGGAUAUUUAUGCAGAUGUUUUGCCAGAUUGUACUUCAUCUGGCUCCUUUCCCUACUCUGCUUAUUCUAAACUGGUGCUGCUGCAGAUGAAUCAGUGUGAGCUGUUGGAAAAACUCACAUUUCAUUUUUGGGGGUGUGUUUCUACAGUUUCCUAUAUGUCACUUGUCUCAUGUGGAGCUGCAUCUUUUUUCUUUUUCUGGCCUUGAGCCCGAUUAUCACAAACACAAUGAUGUUAAUAUGACCUGUUUAAUGUUUCCACUUUACAUAGUACACCUCAGAGAACGCCACGAAAGAGUCAUCGUGGGUUAUAUUAGAAACGUAGUACUUCUCACGUUUGACUGUCUUUAUUGUUUUUAAAAAGUGACAGCAAUCAUUUAAAGUUUAGAAAAAGUAGCGCUAGGCUGAGAAGUGAAACGUCCGAACAAAGUGCUUAUCUGGGCCAUGUCAUGUUUUGGAAAGUUCUAGAAGUCCGAUUUGGAAAGAAUGUGGGGACGUUUUUUUUUUUUUUUUUUUGUGUCACCACUACCUCCUCAGUGAUCAAAACCAAGUGCCCAGACACCAAACAAAUACUACUGCUUCAUAGUUUGCUGUUGGAAAGAUAAAAGCUCAUUCAUGUUGAAGAAAGAGAUUAUUUUGACGAGUCAUGGAGCAUCACCUCCUCUGUCUUUGGGUUGUCUCUGUUUCCUUCUAACAAAGUGGAGGCUAAUGGAUUGAUCUGCAAAGACGGGCUUUGUUUUGAUAAAUAAAUGGCACAGCUGUGUUAUCAACCUUUUUAGAGUCCCUCUCUUCAGUCCAACAAUCCCAUCAAAUCUGUAAAUCAAACGUCACAUUGUCGCUUGUUUGCAGUUGGUUCCCCUCUUUAUCUAAUCACAAGUUGAGUCAGGUUUUAGAAACUUGGGAGAUCGCUUGCACUUGAGGGGGGGGGGGAUUACUGAGCACCCUCUACUUUGUGUGCACGUGGUGAUGUGUCGUCGUGACGAUGAUGCAUGUUGUCCUGUUCGGCUCCAGGUCACACAAAUGAAGAAAUGCUGACAUGAAGGAGGCCUUAACGUUCAGCUUCCAAAGACGCACAAAAUGUUUACUGAAGUGGACAGUCACUAAUGUCUCAGUGGUCUUUAAAGCUAACAGGUGCUACACUGUACAGUUUUUAAUCUGUGUGAAAUAUCUUGUUGUCCAUCCCCAGCCUUCAACAGCAUGUUUAAAUUUAGAACAGAUUUCUCCACUGUGCUCCUUCUUUUUGUUGAUGUAGUGCGACUAAACUGAGCAAAUGAAGGUUUAUAUAAAGUUAUAUUAGCUGGAUUAAUAACCCAGAUAAUAGAGUGAUGAAGAAGAAACAGUAACACUGGAUUCAAAGGUAUACAUAUUCACAAGUAACCACACUGUAACUAGCAUAUACAAGUAGCUUUAUAUGAGUCAUUAUGAAGCACUUAUUAAUGCCUUAUCCCUCAUCAGUAUAUCCUCCAUCUACGAGGCCAUUAUCCAAAAGUUUUUCCCCCAAUCUGAUAAUUACGGCGUCUAAAUAUUGAGUAAGAAAGUUGUUUGUAUGUUAAGAUCUUAACAUGAUUCCCACUAUGGGCCUUAUCAGCAGGGAAGUACCACAAUACUGAGCAAAGCAUAUCGAGUUUGUGUUUCUAGUCAGCGUUGCACAACAAACUGUAAUUGUAUUGUUUCUGCGAUAACACAUCACAAAAGAUGCCUGAACAGGGAUCAAUGACAGAGAGUAGUUUCAUUUAGAAGAACCAUGCAGUGAUACUCAGCAUGCCAAGAUUGAACCGAACAGAUGGAGUCCUGGAUGCUUGUAUAAAUAACACCAGCAAGCAUUCAGGUACAGUCAGAUGAAAUGCUGUCCAUUUGUUUGGCAGCUGUAAGGUUAACUAGCUCGAACGCUUCAGAGGGAAAGAAGAGUGAGGAAAAUGUCGUUGAUGAAGAACUUGCGGUAAAAACCAAAGCACUAGAGCUAUUUCAUCAAUCAUUAUUUCACGGAGAUACAACUUGCUUCAAACACAGGAAGACAUAAGACCUGUACGUUACAGCUCAACUGUUAAGGCACAUAUCAGCAUCACAGUUUUUUUUUUUUGAACAGUGUCAUCACUAAU